AUGGACAACCCAUUAGAGAGCAUUUGUUCUAACAUCGUUUUUCUUUCUUUAGGGAUGCAAAAAGUCAGCGGGAUGCAAGUUUAUACUGAGGUGGAAGCAUUUAACGGGACAGAUGUGAAACUGAGGUGCAUCUUCAGUUCCAGAUAUCCUGUCACGUUUGUGUCAGUGAUUUGGAAGUUCAAACCCCUGCACGGGAGACCUGAGACGGUGAUGUACUACAAGGUGAGGCCGUAUCCUCCGCCUGAAGGGCGUUUUAGAAACCAGGUUGUGUGGUCAGGGGAUGUCAUGAAAAAAGACGCCUCCAUCACCCUGCUGCAAGUGUCCCAGACUUUCAGUGGUACCUACACCUGCAUGGUGCGCAACCCGCCUGAUGUACAUGGAAGAGAUGGAGAGGUCGUCCUCAGAGUGGCCAACAAGACAACAAGUUUUAUUCCACAUGACUUGCACCUGGAUAUUAUUUGGAAAUGAAUGGUGCAGUGGUGUGAAGGAUGUUGAGUGAAAUUGUUUGAUUACUGAAAUGUUCAGGUCCAAGUAUUACUAUAAGACCUUUAGAACUAAAAACAAGGUGCGUUCCUGUUGUAAGUGGAGGAUCUACUUUUCCUCCUGUACAACAGUGACUGUAGGUCUGUCACUUUCACUUCUAAAUAAACAU